AAUCGGGCAGUGGGUCGGCCCAAGGGCAAGCUGGGCCCAGCCUCUGCUGUGAAAUUGGCUGCCAACCGGACCACGGCGGGAGCUCGCCGGCGCCGGACGCGAUGCCGCAAGUGCGAGGCCUGCCUGCGGACGGAGUGCGGCGAGUGCCACUUCUGCAAGGACAUGAAGAAGUUUGGGGGCCCUGGGCGGAUGAAGCAGAGCUGCAUCAUGCGGCAGUGCAUUGCGCCUGUGCUUCCCCAUACUGCCGUGUGCCUGGUGUGUGGCGAGGCCGGGAAGGAAGACACGGUGGAGGAGGAAGAAGGCAAGUUCAACCUCAUGCUCAUGGAGUGCUCCAUCUGCAACGAGAUCAUCCACCCCGGAUGCCUUAAGAUUAAGGAGUCAGAGGGUGUGGUCAACGAUGAGCUUCCAAACUGCUGGGAGUGCCCGAAGUGCAACCACGCCGGCAAGACUGGGAAAGCCUACAAGCAAAAGCGUGGCCCUGGUUUCAAGUAUGCCUCAAACCUGCCUGGCUCCCUGCUCAAGGAGCAGAAGAUGAACAGGGACAACAAGGAUGGGCCAGAGCCAGCCAAGCGGAGGAGCGAGUGUGAGGAGGCGCCCCGGCGCAGGUCAGACGAACACCCCAAGAAGGGGCCCCCAGACAGCAUCCUGCGCCGGAAGUCAGACGAUGUGCACCUGAGGAGGAAGCGGAAGUAUGAGAAGCCCCAGGAGCUGAGUGGACGCAAACGAGCCUCGACGCUUCCAACGUCCCCUGGUUCCUCCUCUCACCUUCCGCCGAGGCCCCCUCUAGGCAGCAGCCUCAGCCCCUGGUGGAGAUCCAGUCUCACUUACUUCCAGCAGCAGCUAAAACCUGGCAAAGAAGAUAAACUUUUCAGGAAAAAGCGGCGGUCCUGGAAGAAUGCAGAGGACCGAAUCAAUCUGGCCAACAAGCCAAUCCGGCGCUUCAAGCAGGAGCCGGAAGAUGACCUGCCAGAGGCGCCCCCCAAGUCCAGGGAGAGCGACCACUCUCGCUCCAGCUCACCCACAGCUGGGCCCAGCACCGAAGGCGCCGAGGGCCCUGAAGAGAAGAAGAAGGUGAAGAUCCGCCGGAAACGGCGUCUCCCCAACAAGGAACUGAGCAAGGAGCUGAGUAAAGAGUUGAACCAGGAGAUCCGAAAGACAGAGAGCAGCCUGGCCAAUGAGAACCACCAGCCCAUCAAGUCUGAGCCCGAGAGCGAGAACGAGGAGCCCAAGCGGCCCCCCAGUCUCUGUGAUCGCCCCCACCGCUUCAGCAAGGGCCUCAAUGGCAGCCCCCGAGAGCUGCGGCACCAGCUGGGUCCCAGCCUGCGGAGCCCACCCCGAGUUAUCUCCCGGCCACCUCCCUCCGUGUCCCCGCCCAAGUGCAUCCAGAUGGAGCGCCACGUGAUCCGGCCACCCCCCAUCAGCCCCCCACCCGACUCAUUGCCCCUGGAUGACGGGGCAGCCCACGUCAUGCACAGGGAGGUGUGGAUGGCCGUCUUCAGCUACCUCAGCCACCCGGACCUGUGCGUUUGUAUGCGGGUCUGCAGGACAUGGAACCGCUGGUGCUGUGAUAAGCGGUUGUGGACCCGCAUUGACCUGAACCACUGCAAGUCCAUCACACCCCUGAUGCUGAGUGGCAUUAUCCGUCGCCAGCCCGUCUCCCUGGACCUCAGCUGGACCAACAUCUCCAAGAAGCAGCUGAGCUGGCUUAUCAACCGGCUUCCUGGGCUUCGAGACCUGGUGCUGUCUGGCUGCUCCUGGAUCGCAGUCUCGGCCCUGUGCAGCUCCAGCUGCCCACUGCUCCGGACCCUGGAUGUCCAGUGGGUGGAAGGACUCAAGGACGCCCAAAUGCGGGACCUGUUGUCCCCUCCCACGGAUAAUAGGCCGGGUCAGAUGGACAAUCGGAGCAAGCUUCGGAACAUUGUGGAGCUGCACCUGGCGGGGCUGGACAUCACGGAUGCUUCUCUGCGGCUUAUCAUCCGCCACCUGCCCCUGCUUUCCAAGCUCCACCUCAGCUACUGUAACCAUGUCACCGACCAGUCCAUCAACCUGCUCACUGCUGUGGGCACCACCACCAGAGACUCCUUAACUGAAAUCACCCUGUCAGAUUGCAAUAAGGUCACUGAUCAGUGCCUGUCCUUCUUCAAACGCUGUGGGAAUAUCUGUCAUAUUGACCUAAGGUACUGCAAGCAAGUCACAAAGGAAGGCUGUGAGCAGUUCAUAGCGGAAAUGUCCGUCAGUGUCCAGUUUGGACAAGUAGAAGAGAAACUCCUGCAAAAACUGAGUAGAGAACUUCACCUGAACUUCCUCGACAGACGUACCCGGAUCUGACAGAGUGGGCUGGAGCUCUUCCCUUCAGGAGCAUGUUCCCGGAGACUGGGAGCCUGCUUUGUGCAUCCAGAAGUGACACUCGAGUGUUGUGGAAAUAUGUAAAUUACGGUUUGAAGUGAGACACUUUGCCAAGUUUUCACUUCUGCUCAAGAUUUUUAAAUUCUGAAUUCAGCCUUUGCUCUC